GAGGGGUAAACUAGGCCUAUUUGCUCUGCAGUGACCAACAAUCAUUGCGUCAUGAAAAUCACAGCCCUACAGCUGCCCAUCACUAGUGUCUUAUGUCUUUUCCUUCUAAGUGCUGACGCCGAGCCCGACAGAAAUUGUCAAACGAUUAAAAUUGGGGAUACCUGCUCGGAGAUUGCCAUCUCAUGCGGAAUCGAUCUAGAUGCUCUGUACAAAAUCAAUCCGUCCUUGAUUGACGGCCAAGCUUGCGAUAAUCUGACGAUUGGAGAAGCUAUUUGCUGUCAAGCAGCAAGAAACGCCAAAGAGAAUUGGAACACUGGCGACGGAAACGUCAAAUGGCAAUUCAAUUGCGAUUAUUACGGGCACGAUUUGGAGCGGUUGCCGAGUUCCGGCGAAAAUUGCGGAGGCCUCUGUGUUGCCAACCCCAAAUGCACCCAUUUUCGUUACACUGACGAUGGCUACUGUUACUUGAAGACAUUACCGUUAACUACUUUUCGUACCCCCGCCAGAGGUGGCGUGUGCGGCUAUCUCCCGUUUAAAUCCGAAUCACCACCUCGGGACGUUUGGAAUUCCGGAGAGGGUGGCGUCAAGUGGCUUCUCAACUGCGAUUUUUACGGCAACGACAUCGGGCGAAUCGAGACUACCGGAGAGCAAUGCGGUGGCCUAUGCGUUGCCAAUCCUCAAUGCAACCAUUUUCGCCACAGCGAUGGGACCUGUUACCUUAAAAAAACCUCUUUGAAUACUCCUCGUACACCCAUCAACGGUGGCAUGUGUGGUUACGUGCCAUCCAGGGAUUUUGACUUCUCUUCUCCAAAUUCUUCUUUCAGCAGCAGUUGUCCGGCAGUUGGCGGAUUAGAGUCGAAAUGCCGGCCGGUCAAAGAUUGCGCUGUAUGGUACGAUCUCGUUUUGGCCACUCCCGGCGCGGGCUGCGCCUUAGUCGAUGGCGGUCCGGGAGCUUGCUGUCCAGAUCUUCCUGCAAACAGUUACGGAGCACCUCCUCUGCAAGAAAACGAGAAGAAAGCCAAGCAAUAUAAUCUCGAAUUUAAUUCACCUAAACAACAGUUCAUUUCUGGAAGUAUUGACAAGUUCUCUGUGAACUCGGCGGCUGAGGCCGGUCGACUGGAGAUGAAGGUCACCGAUACGAUAGAGACUCAACUCUUCGUGCACAACAUUUUCGUUUUGCCCGGCUCGUCUCGUGCUACACACGCGCUGGUCUUCACCAGCACAGCGGAAUCAGAGAAAAUGAGUCGUGACGCAAUGAUCGAAGCUUACACCGUCACUGAGAUUGUCAAAAGAUUUAACAUUAAGCCGGAAUAUGUUGAGAGGACCCUGAGACAAUUCAACUUAAAGGACACGAUUUUGUCGGGAACGUGCACCGCCGAUCCUGUUUGUGACGAAAAAACAAUCCGUUCCCCUUACAGAACGUUGGAUGGAUCGUGCAACAACAUCCAGCGACCUUCCUUGGGAAAAUCGCUCACACAAUUCCAACGGGCUCUUCCUUCUGCUUACGCUGACGGUGUGCGGACUCCCAGACGAGCUAAAAAUGGCGGUGAACUUCCCAGCGCUCGCUUGGUGUCAACAACCGUCGCCCGCGAUAUUGAUUCUCCCAGCGAAACCGACACGACUUGGGUCAUGCAGUACGGACAGUUUAUCGAUCACGAUUUCACGAAAACUCCUGAAUUCAAAAUGGCCAAUGGAAGCACUAUUCCGUGCUGUAUGCCGGAUGGGAAAUUUAUCGAGAAAGAGCUGAUCCAUCCCGAGUGUUUUCCGAUUGAGAUUCCGGAGAACGAUUCUUUUUUCUCCAAGUUUGGCCAACGUUGUAUGCCCUUGGUCCGUUCGGCACCGAUUCGCAGGUUGGAUUGCACCUUCGGGGCCUCCGAACAGAUGAACCAAUUCACGCACUUUUUGGACCAAUCCAACGUCUACGGUUUCGACGACAAAACAGCGCGGGAAUUACGAACGUUUGAAAAAGGCGGCAUGAAAGUCACUCCCAGGGACGAAUUAGAUUUACUCCCAGCCGACGAGGAGUCUAAGGUGUCGUGUACCUUGUCCAAAACAGUGUCCGGAAUCGAUCCACCCACCGAUGUCAAGUGCUUCAAAACAGGAGAUACACCUCGAGUGAACGAGCACCCCAAUUUAGCCGUGACCCAUACAAUUUUCUUGCGUGAACACAACCGACUGGCGGCUGAACUGGCCCGUUUGAAUCCCGGAUGGGACGACGAGCGUCUCUACCAGGAGGCCAAACGAAUUCUGGCCGCUCAAAUGCAGCACAUCACCUUCAACGAAUGGCUGCCCAUCAUUAUCGGUCGAGCGAAAAUGCAGGAACUCGGUCUGCUGCCACUGCAACAAGGUUCCAGUCAAGAUUACGACAAGAACCUCAAUCCGUCCAUUUUGAACGAAUUUGCUGCAGCCGCUUUCCGGUUCGGCCACACCCUCAUCCAAGGGAAGCAUCAUUUGACUAAUCAGCGGAGGACCAAGGAACGAGAAAUCCUGUUACGUCAACACUUUUUCAAAACGCAAGAGAUAUACACGCCGGGCAAUCUCGACAAGUUUCUCAUUGGAUUGGCCAGUCAGCCCAGUCAAAAUGCGGAAAACUAUUUCACCCAGGAGGUGACAAAUCAUUUGUUUGAAGAGCAAGGCAAGGGUUUCGGCUUGGAUUUGGUUUCACUUAACCUCCAACGCGGUCGUGAUCAUGGUAUUCCCGGCUAUAAUGCCUAUCGGACCCAAUGUGGCUUGCCACCUGCCGACCAAUUCAGCGACCUUCUUAAUUUGAUUUCCCCGGCGAUUGUGGAUAAAUUUGCAAAAUUGUACAAAACGGUUGACGACAUCGACCUGUUCAUCGGAGCCAUGUCAGAGCGAUUGGCUCCAGGUGCUUUGGUGGGACCCACUUUUCAGUGCAUCAUAGCCGAUCAAUUUCUGAAAUUCAAACGGGGCGAUCGCUUCUUCUACGAUCUCGCUGGACAGCCCAGCAGUUUCACCGAAGAUCAACUGACUGAAAUCCGACGUGCUAGUUUUGCCCGUCUUGUCUGUGACAACAGCAACGUGAAAUCCAGUCAGCCGCUAAUUUUUAAAACCCCAUCUCACGUAAACCCGAUUUUGAAUUGCGAUUCCGGCUCUAUCCCUCGUCUUAACCUUCGCCCAUUCGGGGUGGAAGAUCGCUGGCCGGAAUACAACAACGGUGACGGCGGAGUCAAAUGGCUCCAGAAUUGCGACUUCCCCGGCUACGAUCUGAGUCGAAAGACCAUCCCGGGAGAACAGUGCGGCAGACUCUGCAUCAAUGACGGCAAGUGCAACGCGUUUACCUACAACUCGGUGACGGGAAUCUGUUUCUUGAAAGACAUUCCGUCGUCGUAUGGCCGCUCACCUUUUGACGGAGCCAUCUGCGGCUUACUUCCAUGGAAAUUUUAAUGUUUAACUUUGAAUCGACUGCUCAAAAUCUGUCCUAUUGCAGGUAGAUUUGUAUCGCGCCUUCGUGUUAGCAGUCUA